UGCUGAGUCUUACUGCAGCAAACACCGUCAUGGAGUGGUGGAUAACGGGAGCUGUGUAGAUGUUAACAGUUAAUCACUGCAGUAAUAUUUCCUCUGCUAGUCAAUAACGGAGCUGAUACAGAUAAACAAACCCUCUCGACGCUGUCAGCAGGCUCCGGACCAGCGGGGAAGUGUAUAUGAAGACAAGAGCAACAUACGGAAUUCGCACAAAAAUCUCUCUGCUCGUUUACGUGACAAGUACAAAUUAUGCCAAUGUGUAAACGUUAACAAAAUGUUACCUACAGCUGCAUUACAUUUGUUUUAACUAUAGUCGUUUUUACUUAGGCCAAUGCGUAUAUUUUUAAAGUGCACGUGUGUAACUGAAGUGGCCCACCCUCAGAUACAUAGACGAUCUUUGAGUUGCACAAAGACCGUAUAGACUUGACGCCAGUAGCCUCAAAGCCGGAUUGUUAUUGACAGGACCGCUGCGCAUGUGAGCCCUUCAACGCACACUGGUGCAAACUUUAUUCACUUCCAUUCCCAUUCACGCCGUGACCGACGCCCUUUGAAGAGAUGCUAGGACUUGUGAACUUGUAAGCCGGUUUGUCGGAGUGCCAAGAUACACCGGAACAGGAGGUGGCAACAAGUGCCGGGAGCUGAGAUUGACAGAAAAUUCCUCCAACAUACUCCAGGGUUUACCAAUGGAUGGAGAUGAAAUCAUGUGAACAUGUGGUAGCCUCACAGUGCCAUGGACUCAUAGCUGGGCAAAAAUGUACCUCGAUGGACUGGGGCUCUUUUCUGCACAUGGUUGACUAUUUAUCAUUAACCUGAGAGGAGCAUCUGCUGUGUCACUGGACCAGGAAAUAACACCUGGUUUCUAUGGCUCAAGUACUGCAGAUGUCCACUCGGCACGGCCCCAGAUGGCCUGGAUACCUUGCCUUUAGUGAAGAGGUGCUUUUGACUCACACAUACACAAAGCAGCAUGAUCGUGUUUUUCUCCCUCUCAGAGGGAAGAUUAACUCUCCUCAUUAGUGCUCCCCUGCCUAUCGUCCUUCUCUCUACUCCCCCUCCCUCUCCUGUCGGCCUGCCUCGCUGUCAUUGGCUGCUUCUAUCAGGACCACCGCUGACUGGAUCGCUGUGACUACAGGACACAGGAGAGCAGGGAGGAGGCGGUAUGGGUUGAUGUUGCCAUGGUAAUAGAGGAGGCGACCACUCACCACAUCUAUGAGCCAGAACUGGAAUGGGGAAAAAAAAUCUAGUGCAGGGGUGUAGAAGGCGGGUUAGAGGGUUAGGGACUGAGAAGAGUGAAAAACGAUAACAGCGAGGGAUUAGGCAUCAACCGAGCAAUCAGGAAGUCCGUUUAGGACAAAGCAGCGUUAAAAAUCCUCCCAGACAUCAAUUGUGAUCGUCAGAGCUGAGCUGCCAAUCUGAUUGGACAGCUGCUCAAGAUUAGGAAGGAAAAAAGAAAUGGGAGCAGACAAAGGAAGGCUGAAAUAAAGCAGGUGAAAAUGAAAAGCUUCUGGAGAAUAUCUGCCCUUUGCUGUCGUGAUACUUCACUCCUGGCAAUGAGUGAGAGGAGGUAAAGUGGCCGGAGCAAUGCCUGGAGCACAGAAAUAGAAACAGAGAGGGGCAUCGCUGGAUACGAAGAGCAUGCAUCAGCACUAAGGCAGGGUGAAGAAGAGCAGUCAGAGCAAGAGACAGUGACAGCAGAGAUGAGUGAGGCAGAGCAGGAGAGAGGUUGAAGGGAGAGGUCAUUACCAUGGUGUGAAAUGGGAUGAUAGAAAUAGCGCCUGCUGCAUUUGUCAUCUCUUCUGCCACCUCGGCAGCAUCAACAGUCCACCCUGACUGCAGUGGCUCCACUGAAGACCCACAGAAAGGACUUCAUUGUCUUGAGGAAAAAUAACCAUCAAUGAAUUGGGAUUUUGACCCAUUUUGAUGCUCCCUGAUGAUUCAAACAGCUGACUUUGAAAGGACAAAGCAGAUUGAUUAUUUUUUCUCCUAAAGCAUAAGCAUCCUUGUGUGCACACAGUAACGCAAAAAUACUGACUGUGUUCACUGGUCAUUGCACAGCCCUGUUGUCUCUGUGUAAAAAUUUGAAAUUCAUUGUUCGACACUUUUCAACGAAUGCUGACACAACCUAAAUGAGGACAACUGUGAAGGUGGGAGUAUUGGAGACACUAUAGUCAGCUGAAUGAUUAGAGAUAUUGUGCCAAGAUAUCUGAAAUAGGCGCCGUACUGGGAAUGGCACGCAGAAUACUGUAUUUGACUUCCUAAUGGCACCUCAGACCUCAAAGCGGGCUGACUGACUGACUUACUAAGUGUUCGGGUUACUCACUGACUGGAGCUGUGGCUAUCUGAGGACUUUGUAGACACCUACAUAGCCCUGGGCAGGUGUUGGCUGGGUGUUGGAGCCCCACCAUGGGGGAAACAGCAGAGUACCAGAGGCUGCAGGAGACAUCAGAGCCUGACUACCAGUGCUUACCCAGCGAUGAUGAAGAGAAACUGGGCAGUACCAUGCAGUGUGAGGAAGGCACAGAAUGGCUGCUUGAGUUGCUGAUGGAGGUGCAGUUGCAGCAGUACUUCCUGAAGAUCCGAGAUGAUCUUAACGUCACACGGCUGUCACACUUUGACUAUGUCAAGAAUGAAGACCUGGAGAAGAUUGGCAUGGGCCGACCUGGGCAGAGACGGCUGUGGGAGGCUGUGAAAAGGAGGAAAGCCAUGUGCAAGCGCAAGUCCUGGAUGAGUAAGGUGUUUAGCGGUAAGCGCCUGGACCAGCAGAGCCAGCCAGCCUCCUCCUUUCGCAAACUGUCUCCCACGCCUCCCCUGGGAGAGGGAGUCCUGGCCACACAACCUGGUAGUGGUGCUCUCCUUGAUGGGCAGCAGCAGGCUCUGACCUGCCUCAUCCCAGAGAAGGACCUGACGCUGUUUGAGAAGCUUGGGGAUGGUUCCUUUGGUGUUGUGAAGAGAGGAGAGUGGCUGACACCUGCAGGGAAAGUGCUGAACGUGGCUGUAAAGUGUCUGAAGACAGAUGUGCUCAGUCAGCCUGACGCACUGGACGACUUCAUCUGUGAGGUCAACGCCAUGCACUCCCUGGACCACCAGAACCUCAUUCGCCUCUACGGUGUGGUGCUUACGCACCCAAUGAAGAUGGUGACGGAGCUGGCUCCUCUGGGUUCUUUGCUGGAGCGACUGCGAUGUGUUUGUCCACAGGGUCCAGUGUUGAUCCACACUCUGUGUCAGUAUGCUGUGCAGGUGGCUUGUGGCAUGGCCUACCUGGAGCAGAGGAGGUUCAUCCACAGGGACCUGGCAGCCAGGAACAUCCUGCUGGCGUCAGCUCACAAAGUGAAGAUUGGUGACUUUGGGCUGAUGAGGGCACUGCCUAACAACCACGAGCACUAUGUCAUGCAAGAGAAUCGCAAAGUUCCCUUUGCAUGGUGCGCCCCAGAGAGUCUGAAGACCAGAACGUUCUCCCAUGCUACAGACACGUGGAUGUUUGGAGUCACUCUCUGGGAGAUGUUCACACAUGGUCAGGAGCCUUGGCUGGGUCUCAACGGAAGCCAGAUCCUGCAUAAGAUUGAUAAAGAAGGUGAACGCCUCCCCAAGCCAGAGGACUGUCCGCAGGAUAUCUAUAAUGUCAUGCUGCAGUGUUGGGCUCAGAAACCAGAUGACAGACCUACAUUUGUCGCCCUGCGAGAGUUCCUACUUGAGACCAUGCCCACAGACAUGUGUGCUUUGCAGGAUUUUGAUGAGCCUGACAAACUCCAGAUUCAGGUCAAUGAUGUCAUUACCAUCAUAGAGGGGAGGGCAGAAAACUACUGGUGGCGAGGUCAAAACAAGCAUACCCUUAAGGUCGGCCAGUUCCCCAGGAAUGUGGUGACUUCAGUAGCGGGUUUGUCGGCUCACGACAUCAGCGUGCCACUCAAGAACAGCUUCAUCCACACAGGACAUGGAGACACCAACCCUCAUCGCUGCUGGGGUUUCCCUGACAGGAUUGAUGAACUAUACCUUGGAAAUCCCAUGGAUCCUCCAGAUAUGCUGGGUUUAGACCCCAAUGCAGCUCGGCCCACGCAGCUACCAGGACGAGCUAAAAAGGAGCCUCCUCCUCGCCCUCCCCAGCCAGCAGUGUUAAUCAAGAAGCCUUGCUAUGAUCCAGUAAAUGGGGAUGAGUAUCUGACUUCUGCUGGGCUAAAGAAAUUAUCACUUCGGAAAACGGGUUCCAUAAAGGGCUUAAAACUUAAACCUGCUGCCUGGGUCUCUGCUUCCAAACAGGGGAGUAGUCGGACAUUAGGGUCAGGCUACAACCCCAACAAUGAACUGUCCCUCAUUGACUUUGGGGAGGAGGUCCCCACAUCCACAUCCUCCCCCUCCUCUAUGGUUGAAAUUCAGAUUCCCUCACUGGCAAAGCUGGCUCUGGAAGCAGAGAACAUCUUGGACCGAACUCCACCUCAAAGUCCUUCUAGAUCGUUGCCCCGCCCCCUUCACCCCACACCAGUAGUGGACUGGGAUGCACGACCAUUACCCCCACCGCCAGCCUACGACGAUGUAGCUCAAGAUGAAGAUGAUAUGGAGGUGAGCUCCAUCAACAGCUCGGAGCAGCAGCAGCUUGAAGAGGAGAACAGUGAUGUUCGUAACCUCGAUGAGGCUUUGUCAUUUGGACAAAGGGUGGACAGUGAAGUUCCUUUCUCCAGAGCUCCAGACAGACCAGGCCUAGAGGACAACCUCUUUUUCUCCACCAAGCAGAGCCACAGCCUGUCCACAUCUUUCUCCCAGUCUGCAGAGAUCUUCCAAGAACUCCAGCAAGAGUGCAUGAGGAGGCUCAAUGUACCGCUGGGAUGCACUGCUCGGUCAAACUCACCAUCCCAGACCUCAUGUCCCCAGACUCCUCCAAACCCCCAAACACAGGAGGGACAACAGCACAAUGUCUUCUCCCGCAAUGAGGACAAACCCCAGAUCCCCCCACGUAUUCCCAUCCCCCCUCGCCCCAUUAAAAGGUGUGACUACACAUCUGCUCGCUGGUCAAGAGACCUCUCCCUGUCCCCAACACCAGCUGACACUACAGAGAAUGUUUUAGGUCCAGGUCAGGACCGACCACCUCAGAUCCCUCCCAGGGACCCUUUGUCCCAGCCGGGCUCUAGGACUCCCAGCCCCAUGGGCCUGGUAGUGGGCUCUCCCCAGCAGAGAGUCUACUCUGUUAGCCCCACCUCCUUCCAGGCUCCCCUCAACUCCUGCUCCACCACACACACCUACAGCUCCUACCUCUCCACCUCUCCAGGCAAACUAAUGCCUACCACACACAGCUUUGCCUCAGAUCCUAAAUAUGCUGCACCCAAAGUAAUUCAGGCACAAGGAAAGGACCCCGCCAGCAAGGCACCCUGUAUCCUCCCUAUUGUCCGUGAUGGACGUAAAGUCAGUAAUACCCACUAUUACCUUUUGCCAGAGAGGCCACCAUACCUUGACCGCUUUGACCGGUUCUUCAAAGAGGCAGAGAGCCUUCCUGUCAGUGGUAUGGAGGACAGACAUGUACGGCAAGUUAACACCGCUACCGUCAGACCCAUGGUGGUCAGCAUCCAGACUGUCCAAGGACAUGCCCAGGAACAGGGGCUUGUCCAGCAAGGCGAGCUGAAGGCCAAUUUCUCCUCCAACAAUAACAGCAGUCUGGGUGGACCAUGGUCAGGGCUGAAGACAUCAGUUAGUCUCUCUCCCGUCUGUUCAGAUGGGCCGACUGCCCCAGUGGUCACUGCUGCCUGUACCAGAACAGAUGGAGGAGGCAACUCAGCUGACAGGGUCAAAAUGGUGCAGGAUGCAGUUCAUGGUGUAACAACAGAGGAGUGCAAAGCCGCCCUCCAGAACCACAACUGGAAUGUCCAGGACGCUGUACAUUACCUUAAGGUGGAGCAGUUGUUCUGUUUGGGUCUGAGGAGCAGGUCAGAGUGUCUAAAGCUGCUGGAGAUGUGUGACUGGAAUCUGGAGGUGGCCAGCACUCAGAUGUUAGAUAAUUAUGGAUCCACAACAAGACAGAGAUGGUGACAGAAAUCUCAAGCUGCUGGGCUCUGACUGGAACUUCCUUCUCAGUAAAACAUAGUCAGAGGAGGUGCAUCUACUCCUGACUCUCUCUGUUUAUGCUUCACUAUCACCACCAGUUAGAAGACUCAUUUGAGCAUGGAGAAAUUAAGUAAAUCUUUGCUGAGCUAGCACAAAUUACCAAACUUCAUUAGGGCUCCAUUCAUACUGACUGUGGAUAUCAGAAUUUAGCCUAGGGGUGAAAAGGACUUUGGUCUGAAAGAUGUUUCACUGUCAUACACUUUUUCAGUGUUAAAAGCUGUUAUAAGGCAUGAAAUGACUCCACUUGUAUAAUUAGGACCACUGGGUCUGCCUGAAACAUGUCGCCCUAACAGAUUCAUCCCCAACUCUGGGUGCCACCCUGCUGUCGAAUCCUCUUACUCGUAUCAUCACUGCCACAGUAACACUGUUGAGCAACGACAGAGAGAUACUUUAAUCUUUUCCUUUGUUAAGGUCAUUAAACAGUCGGGCUGGGAGUCUGGAGAGGCCAGAAUGAGUAGUGGACUAGCACAGUAUACACAGUAGCACUUUCUAAAAAGGUCCUGACUUUGCUAAGAGGUCACUGAAUUGUGUGAUAAUGUCAUGAACUCAUGGAGUUUGACUGAAACCUGGUAUCUCACUUAUUGAUCACUAUCAGUAUUGAAUCUCAGUACAGUACAGUGUACGUAGAUGUAGUUAAAUGUUAAAACCCUUUACUGUAGCUGUAGGAUCUGCAGCGCCACUUUACACAAUUGCUUAAGACCAAUUAAAAAAAAUUAUAUUGCAAUUCUGUAACAUCUAAGCACAACAUAAUAUAAAGCAAAUAUUUAAAUGGUAGUUAAUGCCAUAUUUUAUCUGACUGUUAUUACGAGGGGUGGGCAUAUGAUUAGAUAUGAUAAAAAAGCUGUCUGUGCUGAAAGCAUGUGGAGGAAAGGAACUAUGUAUAUUUUAUAGUUUGGUGAGGGAAAUAAGUAUUGACGCAGUGCUGCACACACUGCAAAGAGUCGAGAUCAAACCAGUCCAGUGUUGACCCGAAUCAAGAGAACUGGAGGAAGUAAAAGUUCAAAGCAGUCUGUCUAAGACUGACUGUUUAAAAACCUACAAAAUAGUCUAAUUUAUAUUCAAAGAGUGUAAACAAUAUAUGCUUUAUAAAGAGAAAUAUAUGUAUUUGUGAACAAAACCAUGGUAUAUUAUUGUAAUGUAUUCUGAACACUAUGCUCAGAGACAAAAGAAGACUGUUAUGUCCAGUAGUGGGCAGGCCAUUUUAAAACCUGGGUACUCUGUAUCCCCUUAGUUAAAUAUUGUUGUGGCCAGUUUCAAAGACACAGACUUUGACUGUGACUCAAAUCAGACUAAGAGCCAGACAUCACACUUCUGUUGUACAAAGCUCUCUGGUUCUUGACUGUCUUGAAUGGGGUUCGUUUGCCAUAAAUUCUGAGUAAAUAAGACCUGUAAAACAUCGCUGACCAAACAGCAUCAAACCACUCGAACUGGGAAAAUUUCGCUGUUACAAGGACAUUUUACUGGGAGAAUGAUUCAUUGCAGAGCUGAGCUGCUGUGGCUUCUCAGUGUGACAGAACUCGGUACUUGUGCCAACUUCUCAGUCAGACUCAGGAUCGUUUCCUUGGUCUGAGAUAGGCUGUGGGUAGGGUGGCUAAUUAUUUAUUCUUAUAAGUCAAUCUUUAUACCCUUUGUUAAACUGUGUAAUUUCCAUCAGAGUAAUCUAUGAGCAAAAUGAAAACUGAUUUAGACCAGUCUAAAAUAUCUUUGUGAAACCAGUCCUUGAUCUAUUAUUACUGCCACACAUGACUCAAAAACAAAAACAAAAAAAGAACUGGAAUGUUCUUCACUCCAGACAAGACAUUUCCAUAUUCCUUCCCACUCAACACUGUGUCCUGUGCAUCAGCUGAAAAACUACUCGGUAUUUUCUGCAUGCAACUUAGCACCAAGGCACCAGUCCUAUCCCAUAAUCAUCACUUAAAAGCAGUGAUAUUUUGGCCAGCACCUUUAGGGGCACUACUUUAAAACUUGUAGGAUGUGUCGGCUCUGGGUGAGCUCACUGCUGGCAAUGCAUGUUUAAAACUCUGUCAACAGAAAGCUUUUGGACCUGUCCUGGGUUUUACAAACCUUUUUCACAGGAGACAUUUUGAGCUGUCAUAGGACAGUCACAGAUGUAGGUAACCACAUGAAUGAUAGUGGAGUUCCACUAAGUGUCCCAGUAAAAAUGUCACUCAGCAAGAAUGCACAAUGCCAGGAUCCUGGAAAUGGCUCACACAAAUGGAAUAGAGCUAUUGUGAAUGUUGUCACUUAAACCCGUGCUUUUCCUACUAUGACAUUUCAAAAUGUCUGCUGUGAAAAACGUAUUUCAGAUUACUACAGUAUGGUUUUCUACUAAGUGUCAGGUUUCUGCUGAAAGGAAGGAACCUAAUAGGCACUCUACUUAAAAUUCACUAUUAUGUAGUCAAAGAUUAAACAUCAUUCAACUGCUGACAGGCCCUUUUUAGACAACAGGCAUGAUGCGCCUCUAUUACUGUAGAAAUGUGUGUGACCACAACCAGCCCCUACAUAAAUCCACAAAAACCCAGAGUACGUGGCACGUCAGAGCACAGUGCACUUGAGCAGAAAUUUGACAUCUGAAAAAGCUAAUAUGAAAUAUAGCAAGGCUGCUGUCUGCCUGAGUAAAUUAAGAGGCUUUAAAAAAGUGUUUGGAAUAUACAGCAUUUCUAAAAGAUGUACAGGACUGAUUUUGAAAGACAAUCUCCAGGAAAAGCUCUCUCCUUUGGGUAAUAGGCCUGCUGUAGGAUUAUAAGGAUAAUCAUCUUUAUUGGCCAAGUAUGUUACAGACAAGGAAUUGGUCUUGGGUACAGAAUCGAUGGCAGCCAUCUGCGGCACCAACUCAACUGAUGGCUCUAACCAUCGAGGGCAAUGGGGGGGUUCAGUGUCUUGCCCAAGGACACUUCGACACAUGGACUGCCGGCACUGAGAUUUGCACCUUCAAUCUUCUGGUUGGGAGACGACUGCUCUACCCACCACACCACUGUCUCCUCCCAAACAUGUCCCUAAUGUAAUGUCCCUGGCUGUCCAUCCAUCAGUGCCAUCCGGUCAUGAAAAUACUGUAGAGCUUUCAUCUUAGUCAUAAGGUUACAACCUUAAUAAUGCACAGAAAACACCUUUCAGUAUGAGGUGUGUGGUGACUCAGUUUUCCUCUCCAGAAUAGGAUGAAGUUGUCCUUACACACUGAUCCAGGACCAGUUCUAAAAUGUUCCCUCAGUUGUAUUGCAUGUUGUGGUAAAGCUGAUUAUAAACCAGUGGAUAAGGACAACUUGAUGUGGGAGGGUUCAUGUGUCACCUGUCUUUAAACCAAGCUGCUGUAUUUGUAGUUUAGAAGGACUGAAGUGAACCUUGUGGUGUUAUGAUCGACACAAAACAACAUUCUCCUGUUGCGGUGUUGACACGGAUGUUAGAAAACUGUUCAGUUGAAUUUAGUCUUUGUUUUUCAGAUCUGCUUCUUCAGAAACUACUAUAAGUCAUAUUGUUUUUGCUGUUUUUCCUUCAGUCCAACUUGUCAUUUUUCUCUCAUUUGUAUGAAUUUGCCUCCAGAUGUUUUAUUUUAAAUGCCUACUGUACAGUUGGUUUUCAACAUCUCUCCUGGGUUGAUGGAAAUAUUCAAGAGAAGUUUGUG